UCAUUGCGCGGUGUUCUGGCUCCGGCUGUGCAGAGGCUUUCGAGCGUAGAGAAUGGGGAGACAGAACGUGCGGAUUGAUAAAUCAGCUUCUAGAGUCAGAACAGUGGACAACAGCUGUCGGGUCAGUUCUUGCCCGCACUCUCGAUAGUCCUUGAUUGGCUGCUGGAUUUUCCUGACCCUGCCUCAAACCUCUGCAUGCCAUGUCAACAAGUAAAGUGACGUGGUACUUCACUCUGUGACUGACUGGACAAGGCCAGUGGGCACCGAACACAAAACACUGCAGAACCUCAGCCGGUCAGGCAGCUUUUAUGGAAGGAACUGGGAAAGUUAACGUCGCAGGAUAGCGACCGGUCAGUUUGCACCGGGUGAGGUGUGGGGACAUGUCAGUUUGCACCAGGGUAUUACAGAGCCCUGAAGAAAACUGCUGGAGGUGAAGGGACACUGCCUUCAAUUGUCUACGGCCUUCGUGAGGACUGUGUGUGUCCAGACCGUGAAACAUGGGGAAGGGUUGCAUUAAAGCCACCAAAUACUUCCUUUUCCUCUUCAACCUCCUCUUCUUUAUUCUGGGCGCAGUGAUCCUGGGCUUUGGGUUGUGGAUCCUCCUCGACAACACCAGCUUCAUCGCUGUCCUGCAGUCGUCAUCGUCGGCGCUGAGGAUUGGCUCCUACAUCCUCCUGGCAGUCGGCUCUGUCACCAUGCUGAUGGGCUUUCUCGGAUGCCUGGGAGCAGUCAACGAGGUCAAGUGCCUCCUGGGGCUGUAUUUCACUUGCUUGCUGCUGAUCCUGGUGGCCCAGAUCACAGCCGGAGUCCUGAUCUACCUCCAGAGAGACGCGCUCAAGGCAGAAAUCACUGAUGUUAUUCACCAGAUGAUUGUGAACUACAACCCACAGGACAUCCAGGAUAGAAACUUUGGGGCCACCUGGGAUUACAUCCAGAUGAAGCUCAAUUGCUGUGGCUGGAUGGGACCCUCCAACUGGACAGAGAACCUGGUGAUAAGGAACAGCUCGACGUUGCUUUACCCCUGCUCCUGUCACAAGAGGCAGGAAAACGACACCAUGUCUGAGACAGGUUUCUGCGAGGGAGUGUUGCCCUACGAAAAGGGAUGUGUUUCCAGCGUGGAGGAAUGGCUGUACAGCAACAUUGGCCUGAUCUUCGGUGUGUGCGUCGGAGUGGCAGUGAUCGAGCUGCUGGGAAUGGUCCUAUCGAUGUGCCUGUGUAAGAAUGUGGAACAAGAGGACUAUAGUAAAGUCCCUAGGUACUGAGGAUAAUCUGCAAUGCAGCUGUGGGUCACCUGAAUCAGUGAUUAACCAAUACACACGGGAAUCGAUUGUUCAAUCAUUGUAUUUGCUUCACUGCUUGUUAACUUUACCUUAUAUACUUCAGCACUUUAGUACCAUUAUUAAAACUGUUGAUCAGUA